GUGUUCAGUGGGAAGCGCCCCGAGUCAGAGCUGCCGCCCCAGCCCCAGAGCACCUUCCGCAAGCCCCCCACGCCACCGCCCCCUGAAGCUGGGGACCUCUCCCUCUUCGAGAAGCUGGGCGACGGCUCCUUCGGCGUCGUGCGUCGCGGCGAGUGGUGCACACCUGCUGGCAAGACGUUGAACGUGGCAGUGAAGUGCCUCAAGACAGAUGUGCUGAGCCAGCCAGAGGCACUGGACGACUUCAUCCGGGAGGUGAAUGCCAUGCACUCCCUGGACCACAGGAAUCUCAUCCGCCUUUAUGGUGUGGUCCUCUCCCACCCCAUGAAGAUGGUGACAGAACUGGCCCCGCUGGGCUCCCUCCUGGACCGCCUGCGGAAGAACCAGGGCCAUUUCCUCAUCUCCACCCUCUGCCAGUAUGCCAUCCAGGUGGCCAAGGGCAUGGCCUACUUGGAGUCAAAGCGCUUCAUCCACCGUGACCUGGCUGCCCGCAACAUCCUACUGGCCUCCAACGAGCUGGUCAAGAUUGGGGACUUUGGGCUGAUGCGGGCCCUGCCCAAAAAUGACGACCACUACGUGAUGCAGGAGCAUCGCAAGGUCCCAUUCGCCUGGUGUGCUCCUGAGAGCCUGAAGACACGCACCUUUUCCCAUGCCAGUGAUACCUGGAUGUUUGGGGUGACCCUCUGGGAGAUGUUCACCUAUGGGCAGGAGCCCUGGAUCGGCCUCAAUGGCAGCCAGAUCCUGCACAAGAUAGACAAGGAGGGCGAGCGGCUGCCACGGCCCGAGGAUUGUCCCCAGGAUGUCUACAAU